AUGGCUACCGCAAGCAUCACAGGUCCGCCCCCGCCAUGGCAUGCUGCAUAUCCAGCACCCCGAAAUACGGCUGCCACUAUUCGUCGAGAGGUUGUUCUCGACAUGAUUAAACAGAGCGCAGAGACUUCCAGCAGAAACUACAUUCUCAUCGAUUUGCGUCGCAACGACCAUGAGGGCGGCACCAUCCGUGAUUCAAUCAACCUUCCUGCGCAGAGCUUGUACCCUGCUAUACCGACUUUGUACAAGCUCUUCAAGGACGCAGGCCUCUGUAAAAUAAUCUGGUAUUGCUCUUCCUCGAAAGGACGUGGCAACCGUGCCGCUGGUUGGUUCGCCGACUACAUUGCAGAUCAAAGGGAUGAGCAGAUGGAGAGCCUCGCGCUAGCGGAGGGCGUGAAAGGAUGGGCAACGGCAGGCGAUGAGUACAUCCAGUGGAUGACAGAAUACGAUGCUAAGGUCUGGUCGCAAUCUUGA